AUGGGAUUCUUCGCGAACAUUCCGAAACCGCCGAAAUUGGCCGGGUUUUUCGGCAACGAAGAAGAGAAAGAUGAGAACGGGAAGAAAAUGGAAGAAAUUGGAGGCGAGAUGGAAGAUUUAGAGUUGAAAUCGAAAGAAGUGGACAUUCCGUCGUCGGCGAGUAUCGAACAGAAACUGCUGACGCCGAUGGAUUUAUUGAACGCGGCGAGGAAUGGUGGUGGGGGUAAUAAUGAGAACAACAACAACAUGAACAACAACGGCCAACAGCGACACGCGGCGCCGCCGCCGAUGUUACCGCCGAUGCCUGGAGCGCAGCACCCGAUGUUUAGCGGCCAAAUGCCGCCGCAAGGACCGCCACGGCCGGGAAUGCCACCGCCGAUGCAAGGUAUGAUGCCGCCACAAGGAACGCCGCCGGGAAUGGGAGGUAUACAUAUGUUUCCACCGCUGGGACAGGAUGGAGGUCCUCCUCCGCCGCCUGGGAUGAUGCCGCCGCCGCCAGGGAUGAUGCCGCCGCCGCCAGGGAUGGCGCCGCCUCCUGGACCGCCCGGAUUUCAUCACCAUCACGGCGGAAGAGGUCGAGGUGGUCGAGGAGGUCGAGGUGGUCGAGGUGGUCCAGGUGGUGUGGGUGGUUUCAAUCAGCACUACACAGAAUCAGGAAAACAGAGACGCAUAUUUACCGGGCCGAGACGAGACGGUCGUCCUCGAUUCCAAGGCGAAUUGAUGACAGGCGAAGAGAUUGAACAAAUCUUACGCAUUCAGUGGAAAGCGACGCACCCGGACCAAGAGAAGGCGUACUCGCACGAUUAUUACCAUCAAGCAUUUUUAUCGAAGAAUUAUCCGGGGCGUUUGAGAGAACCGUUUUGUCCGGAGGAGCUGAGAGAGUUGCCUUCGCACGUGAAAGAAAAGAGAGGCGAAGUGACGUUCGUGCCUGGCUUGGAAGGGUUGGGUAAAGUGCCGUUUUCAAACGUUCGCACGCCGAAACAGUUAUUGCAAAUUCCAACCGGCCCGGAGGAAGAGAACGACGAGUCUGGCGAUGACGAAAACGAGCCGAGAGUGCGAUUGGCGAACGAACCUUUACUCGCGGCGAGAAUUAUGAUUGAAGACGCGAUGUACUUAUUGUUAGACGUCGAUGAUAUCGACCGAUUACUCUUAAAGAAUGAAUUCGCCGCCGAUGAUACCAUGAACCACGAAGACGAGAUUGACGCAGAAAAGGAAAACGAAGUGGAGAAGGCGUCGAUGAAGCAAAAGACGAAGGACGCGUUGACGCAACGUAAAAAAUUUCUGUUGGAAGGUUUGGUCUCUACUUUGCGUUUGCCAGAAUCGCCGGUUUUGAGCAGCGAUGAAAGCGACGUCAUCUUCCAAAGACUUGUUUCUUUACCGAAAGGUCGAGUAAUGCUUGCGAGCGUUUUGAAAGCGUUGGAUCCAGCGUCGCCGUCUGCGGCGCAACUUGUCUGGGCGGUGUUUCGAAACGUCGGCAAGAUUGCCAAGUUUGCAGAAAAAUCCGCCUCGAAAGCGGUUAAAGGCAGUCGUGCCGCACAAGCCGCCGCCGCACAAGCCAUGUCUUUUCAGCAGAGAGACGGACAAAGUGUUAUCACUGACGUGGAUCGAUUAAUUCGCGCCGCCGCGGAAGUCUCCUCGAUGCUCUCAAAAGAUGCCACGGAAGGCGCUUUGGGGAGUUUAAUCGUCGGCAUCUCCUACGCCGACACGCAAAACUUACUCCCGAGUUGUCUCGUCAGUAAACGAUCGCCGAGAGAAUCCAUCCAAGAAACACUCGCGAUUGUCAUCGAGCGCGGGAAAGUUGUUCAUUUGACGGAUGGGAACUCCCAAGCCUGGGAGACUUCCAUCAGCUUUGCGUUCGACAUGUUCAACAGACAAGCGACGGCGUUGAUUUCCAACGAAAAGAGCAAAAAUGAUCCCGAAGCGAGAUUACCGAGAUCAUUAAUGCGCGCUUUCUUGCCUCAACUCGACGCGAGUGGGAAGCAACGCAUAGCAGAGUUGAACGCUUGCGCGUUUUAA